AUGGCGAAACCCAAGAAUAAAAACAAAAACCGCGUCAAAACAGCCACGUCAUCGACAACGUCUACAGGUGCCACGAAGCAGGAAAUGGCCUACCCCGAGGGUCUUUCUGCCGAGGAACGUGCCAAAUAUCAAGCGGCAUUGCUUCCUCAUGGAACCCUCGUGGCAGGCAUCAGAUCGAGUGACACAGACGAAGCUGUCCGACAAGGAGCCGAGGAGGUACUUUCUCUCAACUACUACUGCCAAACCGAAGAUCUCUCCUCCAAGCACAAUGCCUCCAUAACCUCGUUUGGAUUCCACAGCUCUGUUUGUCACUACAGUGCCCAUGAUCUCAAGCUUCUGGGCAUCCCUCAGUUUGUGCCCGGAUGCCACGAGCCAGGCUUAUUUUUGGCCAUCUAUGAAGAGAUUCAAAAACGAUACAACCCGACAUAUCUUGAUGAGAGACUCAAACUGAAUCUGUUUGACGUCUUGCACCAUUCCAACCAGGCCAUUGCUGCGCAGUUCACUCUCACGAUAAUCAGCAAGAAGGAAAAGACGUUUGGGCUCAAGGGAACGCCAUGUCUCAGACACUACUACGAGCAGGUGACGAGCGAGAUGCCAUGGUCAGAAGUCAAGUUGCAUUUUGUGGAGCGGUUCCGGUUCUUCACGUGCAAGUACGACUAUCUUCUGUACCUGGACGAGUGCCUGGGCGAGAUACGGCUGCAGUGGGGCAAACAUAGACGUUUUUUCAACCACGUGAGAGGCUGGUUGAAUGCAGUGGAGGCAGUCCAGCCAUUUGAUGAGACUGACAGAGCUGACGUGCUUAAGGCCAUCUUCCUGCUGGUGCCUUACGACCGACAAUACUUUUGCAUGCCCGAAGAUAUAGAUACCAGUGACGCACCAUACGAAAAGAGGGUGGCCGACUGUCUGGAUGCAUAUGAGGCUCGGUGCGAUUAUCUGAUGAAAGAGUUUGACAAGGAGAUUUAUGACAAGCGGUUGGCAGAAAACAAAAAGCCGCGUCCUGUCAAGACUAUAGAGCUGGGAGAAAUGGAACAGUGCAAUGAUAGCUCCUGUCCAGGCUCCACUGAUGUCAUUAUCGACGAGGUGGCUACGGGGUGUCCGCAGCACGAAAUGGAUGACUACGUGGCUGGAGAGACAUCCGAUGGUGCUAUUGUUUGUGCGUCUCUUACUCGGGCUAUUAGAAAUCCCACUAAACUGGAUCUCGAUGCUCCCCAUUGUCACGUCCACAUUGGCUUUUCUGCAGACGCUCCUGCCUUGAAGGCCCUUGUAUCGACUGGUACGUUUGCGUGUUGCAUCAAAAAGAGCGUGGUGGAAAAUCUUGGUCUGGGUGAUCAGGUUACCAAACUAAAGUCAGCCGAGUACAUUCCUAGCGGCGGUGGUCCUCUUAGAUUCGAGUCUGUGUUGAAUCUGCCACUGUGGUUCCCUUCUGGCCAUCUAAAGAUCAACCGCUUUGUUAUUGUCGACGGUCUUCCUGUCCCUAUGAUCAUUGGUUCCGACUUUGUGCACUACCACGAUGCCAUGGUGACCCUCCGAGGUUACAGUCUGAGCAGCGAUGCCCCUUCGUGUCCCAGCUACAUGAGAGUUCUGCCUAGUGAAGAUGGAGAGCCCAACAAGGGCACUUUUACCACCGCCAAAGCGGCGUUCCUCAGCUCCAGUUAG